AAGCUGGUUGCUCUCGGAGUGCGCACGCUGAGAAGCCGCGGAGCGGAGCAGAGGACAGCUACGCCCUUGUGGGAUAGGGGCUGUCGCCGAGGGUCCCCGGUCGUGAGGCCGGCCGGGAACUGAACAGCCCCGCGAGGUCCCCGACUCAAGCACUCGUCUCUUCCUCCAGAGCCCGGCGGGCACCGACUCCAAACACCCCUUCGCCCCUGCAGACGUUCCCCAUGGCUCAGUUCGUGUUCGAGAACGACCUGCACUCCCUUCUUCAGCUGGACGCGCCCAUCCCCAAUGCACCCCUCGCACGCUGGCAGCGUAAAGGCAAGGAAGGGACGGGGCCGGCCCCCUCGCCCAUGCGGGCCGCCAAUCGAUCCCACAGCGCGGGUAGGACACCGGGCCGAACUCCUGGCAAAUCUAGUUCCAAGGCUCAGACGACCCCUAGCAAACCUGGCGGAGACCGUUACAUCCCCCAUCGCAGCGCUUCCCAGAUGGAGGUGGCCAGCUUCCUCCUGAGCAAAGAGAAUCAGCCUGAAAGCGGCGAGACGCCCACAAAGAAGGAGCAUCAGAAAGCCUGGGCUUUGAACCUGAACGGUUUUGAUGUGGAGGAAGCCAAGAUCCUCCGGCUCAGUGGAAAACCACAGAAUGCCCCAGAAGGCUACCAGAACAGACUGAAAGUACUCUACAGCCAGAAGGCCACACCUGGUUCCAGCCGCAAGACUUGCCGUUACAUUCCAUCUCUGCCUGAUAGGAUACUGGAUGCCCCUGAAAUCCGAAAUGACUACUACCUCAACCUUGUGGAUUGGAGCUCUGGUAAUGUACUGGCUGUGGCACUGGACAACAGUGUGUACUUGUGGAAUGCAAGCUCUGGUGACAUCCUGCAGCUGUUACAAAUGGAGCAGCCUGGUGAUUAUGUGUCAUCUGUGGCCUGGAUCAAAGAGGGCAACUACCUGGCUGUGGGUACCAGCAAUGCUGAGGUGCAGCUAUGGGAUGUGCAACAGCAAAAACGGCUUCGAAAUAUGACCAGUCACUCUGCCAGAGUGAGCUCCCUAAGUUGGAACAGCUAUAUCCUGUCCAGUGGCUCACGUUCUGGCCAUAUCCACCACCAUGAUGUUCGGGUAGCAGAACACCAUGUGGCCACUCUAAGUGGCCAUAGCCAAGAAGUAUGUGGACUGCGCUGGGCCCCAGAUGGACGACAUCUGGCCAGCGGUGGGAACGAUAACUUGGUCAAUGUGUGGCCUAGUGCUCCUGGAGAAGGUGGUUGGGUUCCCCUGCAAACAUUCACUCAGCAUCAAGGCGCUGUCAAGGCUGUUGCAUGGUGUCCCUGGCAGUCCAGUAUCCUAGCAACUGGAGGAGGCACCAGUGACCGACACAUUCGCAUCUGGAAUGUCUGCUCUGGAGCCUGUCUGAAUGCUGUGGAUGCCCAUUCCCAGGUGUGUUCCAUCCUCUGGUCUCCCCACUACAAAGAGCUUAUCUCAGGCCAUGGCUUUGCCCAGAACCAACUGGUUAUUUGGAAAUAUCCAACUAUGGCCAAGGUGGCUGAGCUCAAAGGUCACACAGCCCGGGUCCUGAGUUUGACCAUGAGCCCAGAUGGGGCUACAGUAGCAUCAGCAGCAGCGGAUGAGACCCUGCGGUUAUGGCGCUGCUUUGAGUUGGACCCUGCUCGGCGACGAGAGCGGGAGAAAGCCAGUACAGCUAAAAGUAGCCUCAUCCACCAAGGCAUCCGUUGAACAGACUUAGCU